AUGAGCAAUAGCACGGACCACAUCUCCCUCUAUGACUACGCGUCUGGUGCUGCCGCUGCUCCUGCUGCCACAGCCGAGCUUAGUGUACGUUCACAGUGGCAGACUCGUGACGCUGCAGCUCGCCUGGCUAUUCGCAGUCACCUGCCGUUAGCUGAGCUAGAGCACUUUGGCGACUGCAAAACCGCUAAAGCCCUAUACGACGCUGUCGUUGCUCGCUACUCCUCACCUGCCACAGCCGAGCUUAGCCGUCUCAUGCUGCCUUACCUGUUCCCUGACCUGUCCACCUUUGCUACAGUCGCCGAUCUUAUCACCCACCUUCGCACUAGUGAUGCUCGCCUGCGUGCCGCCCUUCCCACCGAGUUCUGCGCUAAGAACCCCCCUCCCCUGUACUGGGCACUCCACUUCAUAGUCACCCGUCUCCCUGACACCCUCAGCUCAGUGCGCGACUAUUUCCUUGCUCGCUGUCCCACUGAGCUCACUGUCGCCCUCCUAGAGGAGAAGCUGCUAGCAGCCGAGAAGAGCAUUGUAGCUGUAGGUGCUGCUCGCGGCGCUCCUCGCACCCCCAUCUUUGAGGGGUGUUCUCCCUCUCCCCUCGCUCCCUCCUACGCUACUGCUGCUGCUGUUGACUUCCUUGGUGCUGAGUCUGUUGGCGCUGCUUCUGCUCCUGGUGGGAGGCGCCGCACCGGCAAGGGCAAGGGGGGCAAGGGUGGUGGUGGUGGCGCUGGGGGGGGAGGAGGUGGGGGAGGUGGGGGGGGAGGCGGUGCUGGAGGGAGCGGUGGCGGGAGCGCUGGUGGGAGUGGGGUCGGCGGUGGAGGCGGGGGCGGCGGAGGAAGCAGUGGCAGUAGUGGCGGCGGCGGUGGUGGCGGCGGUGGCGGUGGUGGCGGUGGUGGCGGUGGCGGUCGGAGCGGUGGUAGUGGUGGCGGCGGAGGUCGGAGUGGAGGCACUGGCUCGGGCCAGAGCUCCCAGCAGCAGCAGCGUCCCCAGACGACCCAGCAGCUUCGUGAGUGGCUUGCUCAGCGUGGGACGUCGGGGGGCAGUGGCCGCUGUUCCUAUGUCAUUCGCACAGGUGACCGCAAGGGACAGACGUGUGGGAGGUUCCACACCCCGUACCGCUGCUUCUCCCGCCUUGAUGACGCUUGGCGUGAGGAGAUGGGUGAGGAUGUUGAGCGCCCCCGCUGGGCUGAGCUCAUGAGGGCUGGUGUUGAUGUCUUUGCUCUUGACUAUGAUGCUAUUAUUGCUGCCAUGUAUGCAUUGACUGUUAGUGCCGAGGGAGACUGUUACUUGUGUGUGCCGCCUGACCCAGGUAUAGAGCCCGCUGCCCUGGGUACUAGUGAGUCUGCUCUCUCUGGUAUGGUGCCCCCUGUACUUGCUCCCUCCAGUGCUGUCCCGACUGUUUGCGAUCCUUGCCCAGUCCACCACUGUACUCCCUUGUCCGGCGGUUCCGUCUGGCUCGUUGUCGGGUUUCCACCUCCCCUCGUUCUCGACGAACCUGGUGAGCAACGCUGUCAUCCAGGAUCAGUGGGUUGA